CGUGCAGCGAUAAGCGGUAUACUUGUGUACGCUGGCAAAUUCUGACACAGCGUCCCUCGUGCAAUGGAUUCCAUCCUAAAAACCUGUCGUGAGCUGCUGUUGGAGUUGGGCGUGUACUUGUGGUGUACUGUGGCCAGGCUGGUGUUUGCACUAUGGUUCUUCUGGAAAAAGCCUCUGCCAUUGCCAGCUGCCACUGACAAGCUUCUGCUGCGUUCUGCUACAUCUCUUGCGGCCGACAUCAGAAAUGGCAAGGUCAAAAGCGUCGACCUCGUCUCGGCCUACGUCAGGCGCAUCCGGGACGUGCAGCCCGUCAUCAACGCUGUCGUCGAGGAGCGGUUUGAGGAAGCGCUCGACGACGCCAAGGAGGUCGAUAGGCUGGUGGCAUCGGGAAAGAUGAGCGCCAGCCAAAUGAGCACAGAAAAGCCGUUGCUGGGGCUGCCGUUCACUGCCAAGAACAGCAUUGCCAUCAAAGGUUUGCGACAGGACGCGGGAUCCCUUUUCUGGCACGGGCGGCGGGCCGAGGAGGACGCCCCAAGCGUGGCGUUGCUCCGGGCAGCUGGAGCCUUCCCGCUGGCGCUGACCAACGUGCCCGAAAUGUGCAUGUGGGGCGAAUCGCAGAACCUGGUGGACGGCUGCACGCGGAACCCACACGACACGCGCCGAAGCCCCGGUGGAAGCAGCGGUGGAGAGGGAAGCCUCCUGGCUGCAGCUGGCUCACUGAUUGGCCUAGGCACAGACAUCGGUGGAAGCGUGCGGAUACCAGCCGCGUACUGUGGUGUCUUCAGCCACAAGCCAACAGCCGGAGCGGUGCCCAACACUGGCCUGCUGCCAGAUGUUGGAGAAGAUCUGGGGCAGUUCAACUGCGUGGGCCCCAUGGUCAGAUUCGUGGAGGACUUGCCGCUGAUGCUCAACGUUCUGGCAGGGAGUGCGACCAGCGGGCUUAGACUAAAUGAACAGGUAAAUCUAAAGACGCUGAAGCUGUAUUACAUGGAUACAGAAGGAAGCCUUUUCUUGAGCCGUGUGACCACUGAGGCUCGCCGAGCAGUUAGACGGGUGACCCAGUACAUGAGGGGUGCACAUGGACUCGAAGCGCAUCGGCUGCACCUGCCCGAGAUGCGAUUUGGCAUGUUUAUGUGGUUUAAGGUAGCCGGCGUCAAGCAGCCCAAGCCUAUACCCGAGAUGUUCCGUCCCGGUGGCUUCAACACGUUAAUCGAACUGCUCCGCCAUCUAGUGGGAGCUGGCCGGCACACACUGGCAGCGUUGGCUGCGUCCAGCAUGGCGCCUCUUUGUCGCUUCCGUUCGAAGCAGAAGGCUGCAGACUACAUUGCCUCCUUAGAAAUUGCCCGCAAUCGGUUCGAGGAGACGCUGGGGGAUAACGGAGUGCUUGUCCUGCCCGCCGCCACCAGCGCUGCUCCGUUCCAGAAUCAGGACUUGCUAUUCUUUGAUUCGCCUGGCAUGACGGCACUGUUUAGCUUGUUCAAGGUACCCGUCUCGGUGUGCCCUGUAUUGCUGUCAGCGGAGAGAUUGCCCCUGUGUGUCCAGGUGGUCGCGAAGAGGGGAAACGAUAGGUUAUGCCUGGCUGUCGCCAGGGAGAUCGAGAACCGCUUUGGUAGAUUUGAUCUUUCAUCAAAACCGCAAGGGCGAGUCUGACGUCUCGGCAAAUGACACUUCAUUAUAGCUGGCCCGUCUUGUGAGGGCUUCUUAUGUUGCCCAGAUUUGCGAAGAUGUGUCCAGGUGUGUGCAAUCGCAAAGGAGAUCAGUGCCUCGGAUGCAAUAGCUUGUACGUAUGCAAAAUAGUUUGUAAAUUUGUUAUCAUGGAGAGUGAAAACAUACGCCGUAAAGAGCAUGUGCCAUUAAAAAAAAUGAUGCGUCAAGUCAGAGUAUGAAAAGGUUUUCUGCUGUUUAUUAUUUUAAACCAUUGCACAGAAGACUUUUUCUAGCGGUUUGUUUUACAGGAAGUAUAAAUAAAAUAAAUAGUCACUUUCUCGGCUUAAUUCUUCGCAGGUGUCUCUUGUGUGAAAUCCGCGAUAUCGAUAAUUAUGCAGUCAAACUAUUUAGUUUCACUGGCGGCUUCCACGCGGUGCUCCAGGUUUUAGCUCUCGACGACCCUUUUAGAAUCAGCAGCUCUGAGCAAGUGACAGAAUUUUUGAAAGUCAACACUCACGUAAGCUUCUCUGUCUUCUCUCGAGACAUUAAUUGUGAUUUCUUUUACUCAUUACAUCAAAAAGAGCUACAUCAAUGCGUGGAAGGCGUCAUUGACAACUGCGGCAUAGUGGGCUUCCAGAAUGAAGUCGGUCUAACCGCUAACUAGCUUUUAGAACUUUUAAAGUUUUACUUGUCUUUGCUUGGGUUGACUCAACGUUUUUACAAAGAGAAGGUGCAUGCAUUGGAUCCUGUCUCGCGCCUCUAUUAAGCAGCGUAUUUCUCGCACAUUACGAUAUGAUUAUGUGCACUAUCCUGAAAGGGUCAAAGGUUGUAAAAAAUUUUAGGUAUAUCGAUGAUUAGUAUUUUGACAACGUGACAAUGAAUGCUUGACCAGUUUUUCGCGAACGCCUCCAAGGACUUAUUUUGUCAUGUGAAGAGCCUGCUAACAGUUCCAUUAGGUUUUUAGAUCUCGCGCUUGUUUUCUGAAACAGUCAUGUGUGUUGGUGCUAAGGGAAGAAAGCCCAGGGAAGAAAGCCAUUCUACCGUAUUCAUGAGCGCAUUCCAAACUAGUUAAGCGAGGCAUCAAUAAUCUUUGUUUUAAAAACGCUCUUCUAAAAUCCUGCUAUCACUUGGUACACAGAAGCUUUGAAAACCAGGUUUCGUGCCUAAGCGCAGCUGGCUACCCCUUGCAAACGCUGACAGCACUGACUGGCGGCAUGUUAAGAAAACGUGAUCACCCGGAAUCCGCUGCCCUACAGAGCUAAAGCAGCAAAGUGGUUGUGAUGCCGUACUUUCACCAAUCUUGCCAUAACAUGAAAAAAAUUUGGACCCAUGUUGGCGUUGACGUCGUCCUUUCUGCCCCUUUCAAAUUGUCUAGCUUGUGCACAGAAGUCAACAAUAUUACAGAGGCGCCAUGAUUCGAAUAAAAAAAAAACACUGAGAAGCGUUUGUUUCGUGCAUGGAAGGAGUGGUGCACCGUAUUCCUUUAGACUGCGGUAAGGAAUACAUUGGUCACACGGGAAGGUUCCUCAAUGAUCACUUACGGGAACAUUCGAACAAUGUUAAUAAUCUGGUAACGACUAGUCAUCUGGCCGCGCACUGCUCUCGUUGUGGCUGUAAACCCUUGUUUGACAAAUCAAAAGUGAUAUCUAGGAACCCAGAUCGAGUCACUACGGAGAUCAUCGAGGCAUUCCAAAUGAUAUGAAAUGAAAUAACUCUGUAAGUGGCCCAUCUGUGUAACUGUCAAAAAAAGAAAUCAUGUUCCUGUCGCUGUGGCGGCUUGUGGUGGAUGACUGGUGCCGGAAGGAAACCUAUGUUGCGAUAUUGGCCGGUCGCACGAAGUUAUAUAUGUGGUAGCCAUGUGCAAUAAAAGUUCAGCUGUUAGCA